AUGGCCCGGCGCCGCUCCGGCGUCGCCGCCGCGGCCCUGCUGCUCCCCCUCCUCGUCCUCGCCCUCUCCGCUGGCUGCGGCGCGGCGCCGCAGGGCGCGGAGGUGACGGGGCUGCCGGGCUUCGACGGCGCGCUGCCGUCGAAGCACUACGCCGGGUACGUGACGGUGGACGAGCGGCACGGCCGGAACCUGUUCUACUACGCGGUGGAGUCGGAGCGCGACCCGGCCAAGGACCCCGUCGUGCUCUGGCUCAACGGCGGGCCCGGCUGCUCCAGCUUCGACGGCUUCGUCUACGAGCACGGGCCAUUCAACUUUGAAUCAGGCGGGUCAGUUAAAAGCCUACCAAAGCUUCAUCUCAACCCUUACAGCUGGUCCAAGGUCUCUACCAUGAUAUACCUGGACUCCCCUGCUGGUGUGGGGCUGUCAUACUCAAAGAAUGUUUCAGAUUAUGUAACGGGAGACCUCAAGACCGCGGCGGAUUCGCAUACUUUCCUUCUCAAGUGGUUCCAAUUGUAUCCUGAGUUCCUGAGCAACCCAUUCUACAUAGCUGGGGAGUCGUAUGCCGGGGUUUAUGUCCCUACUCUUUCGCAUGAAGUUGUCAAAGGAAUACAAGGACGAGCUAAGCCAACUAUAAACUUCAAGGGCUACAUGGUGGGGAAUGGCGUCUGCGACACUGUUUUUGAUGGUAAUGCUCUUGUGCCAUUUGCACAUGGAAUGGGUCUAAUAUCAGAGGAAAUAUACCAGCAAGCUGCUACGACGUGCCAUGGAAAUUACUGGAAUGCGAGCGAGGGUAAAUGUGAAAGCGCGUUAGGGAAAAUCGACUCGUUAAUCAGCGAACUGAACAUUUACGACAUUCUUGAGCCAUGCUACCACGGCAGAAGCAUCAAAGAAGCAAACCCGCAGAAUAGCAAAUUACCUAAAAGUUUCAAAGAUCUUGGUACAACUAACAAGCCCUUUCCUGUAAGAACAAGAAUGCUUGGGCGUGCUUGGCCUCUGAGAGCUCCUGUAAAAGCCGGGCGCGUUCCAUUAUGGCAGGAAGUUGCAAGUGGUGUUCCAUGCAUGAGCGACGAAGUGGCAACGGCAUGGCUGGACAACGAUGGCGUCAGAUCUGCAAUCCAUGCGCAAUCAGUAAGUUCAAUUGGGCCAUGGCUCUUAUGCACAGAUAAAAUUGAUUUCAACCAUGAUGCUGGCAGUAUGAUCAGUUAUCACAAGAACCUCACAAGCCAGGGCUAUCGUGCCAUCAUAUUCAGUGGUGACCAUGAUAUGUGUGUGCCGUACACCGGGAGUGAAGCAUGGACAAAAUCUAUGGGGUAUGGAGUUGUUGACUCAUGGCGACCAUGGUUCACAAACGAACAAGUUUCCGGGUACACCGAAGGCUAUGAACAUGGUCUCACUUUUGCUACUAUUAAGGCGCUGGACACACCGUUCCUGAAUACAAACCACAGGAAGCAUUGGCUUUCUACAGCCGUUGGCUCAAUGGUUCAAAGUUGUGAGGCUUGGGCCUGGCUGCGAAUAAUGGGGGAAUAUACUUCCGCAUACAGUCCAGAAUGA